CAACAACCCAGAGGAUUUGCUGCCGCCAUGUCUGAAGCGCUUGACAAACUGGAGCAGCAGGAGGCGGAGAAGAAGGUUGAACGUGCGGCAGUGGCUGAACAAUUGAAAGACACUAAACGUCAAAAACGAGAACUGAAGCGGAGAAAGUGGGUCGACUGGAAGACACAAGAUGAACAGGCGGGUGAUACAAAGCGCCCAGCAUUUGAUCCAGCAGAUCGUGUGAAGCGAAAAAAAUGCGCAAUAUUGUUAAGCUACUGUGGUGCCAAUUACUUUGGCAUGCAGCGCAAUCCGGGCAUGCAAACCAUUGAGGAGGAGUUGUUCAAAGCUAUGUUAAAACAUAAGUGGAUUACAGAGGAAAGUUUUGAGGCAGCACAAGCGGCAUGCUUUCAGCGUGCCGCACGCACCGAUAAAGGGGUGUCUGCGGCGAGACAAGUGUGCUCGAUAAAAUUGCCCGAUACGUUGGACAUCAAAGCUUUAAAUGAAGAUUUGCCGGAGCAAAUACGUUUGUUUGCAGUAGAGCGCGUUACCAAAGGCUUCAAUGCGAAAGACCAGUGCAACGCACGUACCUACACAUACACACUGCCAUCCGUUGCGUUUGCUGAUUGUGGGCAAAAACACGUUUUUGAGUCAUACCGUAUUGAGCCUGCUCAGCAUCUAAAGAUAGGAGAGGUGCUGAAGCUGUACGAAGGCACCAAAAAUUUUCACAAUUUCACAAGCCGGAAAAACUUUUUGGAUCCUUCUGCCAAACGCUUCAUUAUGUCAUUUAGUUGCUCCGAACCAUUUGUAACGCCACAAGGCAUUGAAUUUCUAACGCUCAAAGUUAAGGGACAAAGUUUCAUGCUUCAUCAAAUUCGGAAAAUGGUUGGUUUGGCGAUAGCAAUUGCACGUGGUAAUACCACGACAGCUACAUUGGAUCGCGCGCUAACUGAAGAACGGUUAGAUUUGCCGAUGGCACCAGGUUUGGGCCUUGUUUUAGACACAGUGCACUAUGAACGCUAUAAUGAUCGUUAUGGCGGCGAUGGCAUUCAUGAACCACUGACUUGGACUAAACAAGAGGAUGAAAUUAAAGAAUUCAUAGAACGUUAUAUUAACGCAAAUAUAUACGAGACAGAAUAUAAGGAGCGGUCAAUGUUGGAAUGGUUAGAGACAUUACCGCUGCAUUCGUACGAUGCGCGACGUGAUGAUACCACAAACAACGAUGAUAGUGGGAAAAAGCAAAACGACGAUGACGAUGAAUAAUAAUUACAAUUUCUCAGAAAACUAAAAUUUCCGCCAAAUACAUAUGUAUGUAUGUAUAUUAAAGACUACAUAUACUUGGUACUAAAAAAUAGAAUAGUAAGUAUGGAAAGUGUUGGCAUUGAAUAAAUACCACAAAUUU